GACACGACCGGAACAGGAAGUAUGAAUGGAACCCGGUACUUAAAAACAGCUCUACAAAAACUAUAAUUCGACGUGGAUACUAUUUUAUACGAAGUUUAAUGAGGGGGAAAGUAAAGGAUAUCGAAAAGAAAGAAAAAUAGCACCAUCUUGCGGCCCGCAGCAUCAAAUAAAAACACCACGGCAGCAAUGACAGGGCAUCCAAACGACAACUGCUCCAAAGUUUUAACGCAGGUUGGAUUCAAGCACCUAGAUCUUAUGUUCCAUAUAUAUGUGACUCGUAAUCAUUGUGCAGAUGUCUCAUGCCACACAUCAGAUGUGAACUACUUUUUCCAUUCAUGUGACUUCUGGGCCUGCUCACUGGUCAUCAUGGGAUGUGGUGCCUCUGUUGCCAUAGAGACACAAAUGCCAAGAAUUGAGAGAGAUGCAAAAACUCCCAGCCCGGCACUGAGUGCUUCCUCUGUAGCUAUGAAGGCAGCUGUUUUGAUCCAACGUUGGUACCGUCGCUACAUGGCCCGACUGGAGAUGAGGCGGAGGUACACGUGGAACAUCUUCCAAUCCAUUGAAUAUGCGGGGGAACAGGACCAGCUACAGCUCUCCAGUUUCUUCAGCUUCAUGCUAGACAACGUCACUCAACUUAAUGGAAAUGGACCAGAUCUGAUUUCACAGCUGUUAGAGCCUGUGGUUGACCCCUGGUUGGACAGAGAGGCCUGCUACGAGUGCAUCCACAUUCCGGAGUCAUAUGCUGGACCUCGACUGUCGUUUCCCCUUUCAGUGUCGGACACAAAUGCUCUUCUUAAUGCCUUUAAAGACCAGCAGGACCUUAUCGCUCUUGCGCAGACUUUACAUGCCAGAUAUGUGCUGCAGCUACUCUGCGAGACCAAGAAGCUACUCCAACAGAUGCCUAACAUUAUCCACCUGUCCACAUCCUACACAAAGGAGAUUACAGUAUGCGGUGAUCUUCAUGGACGACUUGAUGACUUACUUCUUAUAUUUUAUAAGAACGGCCUCCCUUCUGCUGAGACACCAUAUGUGUUUAACGGAGACUUUGUGGACCGAGGGAAAAAGUCCAUUGAGGUGGUUGUCAUCCUGUUUGCAUACCUUUUACUUUACCCCGACCAUAUGCAUCUGAACCGAGGAAACCAUGAGGACCACAUCAUGAACCUCAGGUAUGGCUUCACAAAAGAAGUCAUGCAGAAGUACAAGAGUAAUGGGCGUGAGAUCCUGCAGCUCUUUCAGGAUGUCUUCAGCCUUCUGCCUGUUGCCACAGUGAUAGACGGAAAAGUCCUUAUUGUUCAUGGGGGCAUAUCAGACCAGACAGACCUGGACUUCCUUGGCGCUAUUGAUAGGCACAAGAUUAAAUCUGCCAUGAGGUUUCCCAGACACAGUUUGGAGCAACUGGGCAUCGGUCAUUCUUACAAACAGAUGAAAAGAAUGAGAUCCACAGACAGUUCCCGUGCCAGCAGUGGUCGCAGCUACUGCAGGAACCAGAGGACCCCCAGUCAGAGUAGAAAAAGGCGAUGUGGUCUGAACCGGCAAGAUAGCGCUGCUUCCAUCUCUUCCUCCUCAUCCUCAUCUUCUUCAUCGUCUUCCUCCCUUUGCUCUCCACGAACUCCCUCAGGCUUCUCUUCUCGGUCAUGCCUGUCUUCUCCCAGCAUGCCGUACAACGUUAACAUCCUCCAAGUGCCUUUCGUAGACUCUGUGUCUUCUGUUCCUCCUCCUUUGUCCCCUCAGAAAGAGCAGGAAUGGAAACAAAUUGUGGAUAUACUGUGGAGUGACCCCAAAACCCAAGAAGGCUGCAGCCCAAACACAUUCAGAGGAGGCGGCUGCUACUUUGGCCCCGACGUUACACGGCGACUUCUGCUCCAAUAUGGCCUGCAGCUGAUUAUCAGAUCCCACGAGUGCAAACAGGAGGGUUACGAGCUGUGUCAUGGAGGACAGGUUAUCACCAUCUUUUCUGCAUCCAACUAUUACGAGGAGGGAAGCAAUCGCGGAGCCUACGUCAAACUGGGUAGAGAACUGGUUCCACGAUUCUACCAGUACCAAGUCAGCCGCACAACACGCAAACUCACACUGACCCAAAGAGUGUGUGCUGCGGAGGGAUCAGCACUCAGGGCUCUAAAAGAGAAAGUGUUUGCCCAUCGCUCAGACCUUAUUGCAGGUUUCCAGCAGUUUGACCAGAAAAUCACCGGGAGUGUGACUGUCAGUGAAUGGGCUCAGGUGUUGGAGUCUGUCCUGAGGCUGGACUUGCCAUGGAGGACACUUCGUCCACAUUUAGCUCACCUGGCAAAAGAUGGACGUGUGGACUAUAAGUCCUGCUUUGAGGAUAUGGCACCAGGGAUACCACUGCCGCAGGUCACACCUAAUCUUGCAGAGACUCUAUUCCGAUACAGGACAGACAUUGAGAUCAUAUUCAACAUUAUAGACAAAGAUCACUCAGGUCUGAUUUCUAUCGAAGAGUUCCGUCACACAUGGCGCCUUUUCAGCGCUCACCUGGGGAUGGACAUCACCAAUGGCGCCAUUGAUGACUUGGCCCGCAGCAUUGACUUCAACAAGGAUGGCAGCAUAGACUUCACAGAGUUCCUGGAGGCCUUCAGAGUGGUGCACAACAAAGAUUGUCAGCGGAAAGACUGAUGGAGAGAAGUAUUUGCAAAAGGGAAAAAUCAACACAGAGAUAACAGAGGGAGAGCGAGAAGGUAACAAUCUGUCACUCAGAAUCGAAACAUGGCGCUGGACACUCUUUAAAUCUUAAAAUUAACUCAAACAGGACAGAAAAAAGACAACGUUUGCCUUCA